AGUUAUGCUUGUGCUAAUUGAGAGAAGGAAAAAUUGACAAGUAAAAAAACAUUUUGGUUUUAACAAACAUUUGUGGAAAACGAGGGACACUGUCGAAACUGUCGUCAUUUACUUGAUUCUUCGAAAAAUUUAUGUGCGCUUCGACCUACUUUUACGUUGAUUUUUCUACUCUUCGGUUAAAAAUUUCUUCAAUUUACUAUGUCUACACGGUAUAUGAAAAAAGUAUACGGCGGUGAUGUGUUGUCCGAGAAGGAUAGCGAAAAUGAAAAUGAGAUGGAAAAUUCGAUAAUUGGCAACGUUAAAUCCAAAGCAUUCAACUUGUUUGAUGUAUUGAAUCAAAAUUCGGAAAUCAGUGAGAAAGAAAACGAAGAAGAGCAAGUGAUAGAAGAAAACUGUAUCAAUGAAGCUAAACGUAAAAAAAGAAAGAAAAGACGAAAGAAGUUAGAUGGUUCUAAAGCUCAACAAAUUAUUGAAUCUAAAGAUAAGGAGGAUGUAGAUGAAAUUGAAAGAACUGUGAGGGAAGUGAAUAAAUUGCUUGGAGAACCACUGCCAGGUUGUAGUUCUCAAAGCACGUAUAAUUUACAGUGGAACGAAGAAAAAUCUAAAGAGAAUAUUUUGUUGGUACAACACAAACAUUUAAAUCCUUAUAACGAACUUAAAAGAAUUUUUGGUAGUAAGACUGUACAAGCUGAACAAAACAGUAGGAGACACAGAGGUCGUUUGGUUUACUUGAAGAGGACAUGGUUGGUUUCUCCUAGAUAUAAUUGGCCACCGCUUAAUAAAUCUGGCCUUUCAAUGUCUUUAGAUCACACUAUAAAGUCUACCAAUAAUAUUCAAUAUUUUGUAUAUGAACACAGUCUGUCAUACAAACAAGUUCAAUUAAAGUUUUUGCAAGCUGUUGAAAGCUUAAAUCCUGAAAACAUUGUUAGUAUAAUAAAUGCACACUCCUAUCAUGUAGAUGCAUUGCUACAAUUAGCUGAGCUUUGUAAGCUCAGUGAAAACUUAGCAAUGGCUGCAGAAUUUACGGAACGUGCUCUGUACUGUCUGGAAGGUGCUUUUCAUCCUCUGUUUAUCUUUACAACUCCUCUGUGCAGAUUGGAUUAUAGAAAACAACAGAAUCGUGCUCUGUUCAUAACUUUGUUUAAACAUCUUAAUUUUGUUGGAGGACGUGCAUGUUAUAGAACAAGUUUGGAAUUUUGUAAAUUGCUUUUAUCACUUGAUCCAGAAGGUGAUCCUUUGGCAGUGAUUCUGUCGCUGGAUUUUUACGCUUUAAGAGCGAAAGAAUACGAAUGGUUUAUCGAAUUUUGCAAUCUUUGGGAUAGUGGGAGAAAUCUAACACAACUACCAAACAUAGCAUUCAGUUUAGCUGUGGCCCACUUUCAUUUAGGCAAUCGAACCGUUGCUAGUGAACUUUUACAAAAUGCUUUAAUAAUGUUUCCGGGUGUCCUGAUGCCGUUACUAGAAAAAUGUAGUGUACAAUCCGAUGAAACGUUACGAAACCACGAUUUCUUUAACAACAAGGCAAUAAUUUCGACUUCACCAGCGCUGGAAAAAUUGCAAAAUCUUUACGUUGCACGUAGCUUCCGUUUGUGGAAGGAAAUAGAUCUUUUACCAUGGUUGCGUGAGAACGUGCAUACCGUAUUAAAUCGCGUUGAUUCGAAAGACGAUUAUAUAAAGUACUGUGAAGUAAAACGAAGCAAGCGUUACCAAGGAAAACUACCGAAGAAUAUUUUACGUCAUAUUAUACUGUCUGACAUAAAAGACGUUACCGUAAACGUUCAAGAGAUACAAAGUGAUGGUUCAGUUCUUUCGUAUGAUCCUCUUCCACCAGCGGAUAGUAUUGAUAUUUACAAACGACCUACCACAAAUGCCGGCACAACUAGAACUAGCUCCAAUCUUUUAUCCCUUUUUUUCUCAUCUCUAUUUACAGAUAUUAAUGGAGAAGUGGCGGCAGCUGGCCGCGAUGGGUUACAUUUAUUCUACGACAACAACGAAGAUAUAUAAGGUUGAUUCUUAAUAUCAAUUGUUGAUUACAACGUAGAAUAAGAAAUCUGAGUUUUAUAGAAAUUUUACUUCCAACUUUGAUAAAACCAUGUGAAAAAUUAUACACGUAUAGAUAUUUUUCAAACAUCGGCUACUUUCACGAAGCAAAAAAAGGGCAUUACGUGUCAGGUAACAUAUCUACUAUAUAAUCAUGAA